CAGACUGUCGACAAAUUGCACCCUCUAAAGUUGGAUCUCAGCCUGACACUGGAGCCACUGCACUCUACCUCCUCACAUAAACUAGACAUAAACACCAAUCAGAAGCCGACCUUCACUUCCCUCAUGGUACAUAAAAGGGAGAACUUUUACCGGAAUCUUGUUCUUUACCGGUCCGUCUCCUGGUGCGCCAAUAUCACGAUCGACCUUGGUACAACAGCCCGUUUCGUCAGUAGGGUUGUGCCCUCCGUGAUCUGA